UCCACCCCUAGUUUUUCCCUAUAUUUACAUGAAUGCCAUCACCUCUUCUCCAUUCCCGAGGCCAUGAGCUGACUUCAUUGCAGAGAGAGACCCCAGAGAGAAUCCUGUGAAACCCACCGUUGCACGCUACCAAGAAUUCAUGGCAGUGUUUUCACCCUUAAUCUUUCAUGUUAUUUACAAUCUUGCCACUCUAUCCUUCUCUCUUACUACUACUACUACUACUUCUGCUGUUGCUCCCAAACCACGCCAAAAUCUCCUCUUUUUUCGAAACCCUACUCUGUUUCUUGUGUUUGAAUGUCCUGAAAUUAGGGUUAGGGUUUGGGUCUUCGUCAAAGCCUACUGGCACUGGCAUUGCUGUUUUUUCUUGGAAGGGAAAAAUCAGGGAAAGUGAUGAAGUAUUAGUGGAAAUAAGAGCAUCUAGCAAAAUGGCUGAGGGAAGACGGCAUUCUGUGGACAUACCACUUUCGAAAACUUUAGUAGCACUGAAGAGGGUUCGGUCAUUGAGAGACCCAGGAACAAACUCAAUGUGCAAAUUUACACCGUGUAGUGAACAUAUAUCUUGGGAGACUAAUUCUGGAAUCGAUCAAUUGCUAGAACUAAGCAAUCCUGAUAGUCAUGGUAUCAGUAUGUGUCAAAAUGAUGAUUUGGACGUUGAAAGUGAGGACAACAGAAGUACCUCAGACUCCAAUUGCUGUUCCAAUUCUAAACGAUCUUGCUCGACAAAGUUUGCAGCUACACGGGCCAAACUAUUUCGUGAAUCCUACCAAAAUCACACACACAAUGCAUUUGAUUCUGGGGCUAUCCCUUGCGCUAUGAAUCAUCUUGAUGAAGAAGUAAAUUCAUAUAAUGAACCUAAUUUUAGCAAUUUGCUGGAGAGGGCUCAUGACAAAGUGGUCAGCAAGAAGUCGGCAUGUGGCAGGUCAAAGAAAUCAAAUUUUGCACCUGAUGUUGCUAUGAGUCGUGUUGGAAGCCCAUGCAUGCCAAUGUGUGAAGAGCGUGCAAAUAGUCUGAGCCGUAGCACAUUUGGUCUUGAUACUGAAGAGGUUGAUAUUGCAGAUUCUAAUAAUACCGGGUGCGGAAUAAGCUAUUGCUGGUCGAGAUCAAUGCUUAAAUACAGUGAUCAAAAUCUAUCUCCAGAUGUUGAUGAUCAAGAACGUCCGCUGCUAUCUGCUGGAGGGGGAGAAAUAACAAACAGGGAGAUUGUUCUGUGUCCAGAAAGCCCAAGAAGCUUAAGCCAAAAAUAUAGGCCUAGAUCUUUCAAAGAUAUAGUUGGUCAAACUGUGAUAUCUCAGUCCCUUUUAAAUGCCAUUUUUAAAGGAAAUGUUGUGCCUGUUUAUUUGUUUCAUGGUCCGCGAGGUGCUGGCAAAACAUCUAUUGCAAGGAUUUUUGCUGCUGCCUUGAAUUGCUUAUCUCUUGAGGAGCAUAGACCAUGUGGGUUCUGUCAGGAAUGCUUGAUUUUCUUCACUGGAAGGAGCAGGGAUGUGAAAGAACUGGAUGCUGCUAAAUUUAACCAUAAAUACAGGGUCAAAGCCCUUCUCAAGAGUGCUUCUCGUGUUCCAUUUUCCUCACGUUUCAAGGUGUUUAUUGUUGAAGACUGUCAAUUUCUGCAUGCACAGACAUGGACUGCUAUUUUCAAUUGUCUAGAUGAGCUUUCUCAGAAUGUCAUAUUUAUUAUGGUUACCUCUGACGCGGAUAAGGUGCCACAGAAUUCUAUUUCCCGGUGCCGAAGGUACCACUUUUCAAAAUUAAAGGAAUCUGAUAUCGUCUUCAGGUUGCAAAAAGUUUGUAUUGAAGAAGGAUUGGAUUUUGAUGAGGAUGCUUUGGACUUUAUUGCCUCCAAGUCAAAUGGUUCUCUUCGAGAUGCAGAAAUGUUGCUUGAUCAGCUGGGCCUUCUGGGGAAAAGAAUCACUGUAUCUCUUGCUUAUGAACUUAUUGGAGUUGUUUCAGAUGAUGAGUUGCUCACUUUGUUAGAUGUAGCUCUGUCUGCAGACACUGCCAAUACAGUUAAAAGAGCUAGAGAGCUCAUGAAAUCAAGGGUUGAUCCUAUGCAAUUGAUAUCACAGCUUGCAAAUCUUAUAAUGGACAUUCUAGCUGGUAGACGUCAACUAAGAUGUUCUGAAUUUUGCAGAACCCUUGUUGAACAGCAAACUUUGACUGAUGUCAGCAUGCAGCCAUUGAAGCAUGCUUUAAAAAUACUUUCAGAAACUGAAAAACAAUUGAGAACAUCGAAAAAUCAAGCAACUUGGCUUACUGUUGCUCUUCUGCAAUUCAGUACUGAAGAUUCUUUAUAUCCAAGAACAAAUUCCUUGAGAGAUGACGGGGUUUUAAGCACAAUCUCGCCAAGGGAGAGUUUAAAAAGAUGUAAUGCAUGUGGUUACAAUAAGUUGAGUUGUUUAGACAAAUGCCACGACAAGAAAGACUUAGAAACCAUAUGGAGAAAAGCCAUAGCGAAUUGUCCCUCAAAUGAUCUAAGAAACUUCUUGCUAAAGCAUGGGAAUCUGUCGUCAAUUUACAUCCAUGAAGGUGUAGCAAUCGCUGAAGUAGAAUUCCUUCAUCCUGAUUAUGUGUCAAGGGCUGAGAAAUCAUGGAAAUUGAUUGGGAGUUCACUUCAGUAUGUUAUUGACUGUAAUGUACAGGUCAGAAUCCAGCUUGCCCCUGGCUCUGCAAGAAAGAACACUAAAUUAAAAAAGCCAUUGUUCAAUAUUUUGAACUGUUAUGGUAGAAGAAAAGAAAUACCUGAUUCAACUACCAAUGAUAAUGAAACCGAAGCUUCAUUGAGGAGAGAUAUAUCCGCAGAUGCUAGUUCAUCUCAUCACUGCCAGCAGUUUUUGCCUUUUGGUCAUCAACUGGAUACAAAUUCUAUGAAUGGUUCUGGCUGUUUUCAUGGUAAAGAAGCAGUGACCACAAGGAAGAUGGAGGAAAAUACUCAAAGCUGUGAAACUAUGGAAUUAGGUGAAGAGGAUGCUGCGCAUGCCAAUGUUGAAGAAUCUGAAAUUCAGCCAAGCUGCUUUUCAAAACUGAAAUUCCAAAGAAGAUUUCUUUCAUCCGAAGUUGCUCAAACAAUCUGUUUACGAAUUCAGCCACACGACAAACUGGAAUUGUCUUUUCGAAGAGAUGCUAUAUUUGACAAAGAUAUCUGCACAAACAUGCCCUAUGUUUUCUGCUCCAAAUCAAAUACACGCAUCGCCUACAAUGGCAGUGAUGAAAACGGGCCAAGCAGCGAUUCAAGGUUUAACUCGAAUGCAUUGUGUUGGAGGGCAUCUAAGUCACCCCUUCAAAAGGAUUCUCCUCAAAGGCGGCACCAGCGAGGAUCUCAUUUGGUUGGAUGGUUCUUACCUUGCAUGGCUGCUGAGCAGAAAUCGCAGGCCGAGCACCAUGCUUAAUACAGGUUGUAAUAUUUGUCAGUGCAUUUUGUUUUCUUGAUCUUUAUGGAAGGUCUCCCUUUUUCAUUACAAUCAUUGAUAUGCAGGAUAGUUAAAAUCAAAAUCGCUUUUAUAAAUAUAAACGCGUCUGUU